UUAGACCAACAAAACCAGUUAGACCAGCAAAACCAGUUAGACCAACAAAACCAAUUAGUACAACAGAACCAGUUAGUACAACAGAACCAGUUAUACCAACAGAACCAGUUAGACCAACAAAUAGACCAACAGAACCAGUUAGACCAACAGAACCAGUUAGACCAACACAUAGACCAACAGAACCAGUUAGACCAACAGAACCAGUUAGACCAACAGAACCAGUUAGUACAACAGAAACAGUUAGACCAACACAUAGACCAACAAAACCAGUUAGACCAACAAAACCAGUUAGACCAACAGAACCAGUUAGACCAACAGAACCAGUUAGACCAACAGAACCAGUUAGACCAACAGAACCAGUUAGUACCACAGAACCAGUUAGACCAACAAAUAGACCAACAGAACCAGUUAGACCAACAGAACCAGUUAGUACAACAGAAACAGUUAGACCAACACAUAGACCAACAGAACCAGUUAGACCAACAAAACCAGUUAGACCAACAAAUAGACCAACAGAACCAGUUAGACCAACAAAUAGUCCUACACAACCAGUUAGACCAACAGAACCAGUUAGACCAACAGAACCAGUUAGACCAACAGAACCAGUUAGACCAACAAAUAGACCAACAGAACCAGUUAGACCAACAAAUAGUCCAACACAACCAGUUAGACCAACAGAACCAGUUAGACCAACAGAACCAGUUAGACCAACAGAACCAGUUAGACCAACAGAACCAGUUAGACCAACAGAACCAGUUAGACCAACAGAACCAGUUAGACCAACAAAUAGACCAACAGAACCAGUUAGACCAACAAAUAGUCCAACACAACCAGUUAGACCAACAGAACCAGUUAGACCAACAGAACCAGUUAGACCAACAGAACCAGUUAGACCAACAGAACCAGUUAGACCAACAGAACCAGUUAGACCAACAGAACCAGUUAGACCAACAGAACCAGUUAGACCAACAAAUAGACCAACAGAACCAGUUAGACCAACAAAUAGUCCAACACAACCAGUUAGACCAACAGAACCAGUUAGACCAACAGAACCAGUUAGACCAACAGAACCAGUUAGACCAACAGAACCAGUUAGACCAACAGAACCAGUUAGUACCACAUAACCAGUUAGUACAACAGAACCAGUUAGACCAACAGAACCAGUUAGACCAACAGAACCAGUUAGACCAACAAAUAGACCAACAGAACCAGUUAGACCAACAGAACCAGUUAGACCAACAGAACCAGUUAGACCAACACAUAGACCAACAGAACCAGUUAGACCAACAGAACCAGUUAGACCAACAGAACCAGUUAGACCAACAGAACCAGUUAGACCAACAUAACCAGUUAGUACCACAGAACCAGAUAGUACAACAGAACCAGUUAGACCUACAGAACCAGUUAGACCAACAGAACCAGUUAGUACAACACAACCAGCUACGUCGACGACAUCCAUCCCACGAGAACCCACACGAUGACGAGCCUAGACAACGAACUCCACAUGAGAACCCAGGAAUAAAAUACCCCGGAAUCAUUUGUAUAGGUGUACUAAUGAUACUUUUCAUUGUGAUAUGGAAAAACAGCUCUGAAAAAAAGCAAACAGACUCCGUUUCUAGACAUAAAGAUGCAGAAACGACAAUAGGAGACACAAUCACUGAUUUCGACAAGGCACUUUACUUGCGUUCUCUUUCUGUUGAACACUCCUUGUUGAAGGUGGAAAAGAAACUGGAAGAUGCAAUGAAAUACCUAAAACAAACAGGCAAAAGAGAAAUACACAUUAAAAUUGAAACAGGAUCUGGAAAAAGAGUUUACCCUGCCGUUCGCGAAUAUCUGGCCCGAAAUAACUACAGAUCUUACUGGAAUCAGAACGAAGGCUACUUCACAGUUGAGGUAGUUAAUGAAUCUUACAAUGAUGAAUUUUAA